CCUCCACGUCUUCCCUCGGCACACAGGGCACUCAUUCCUGCCGUUCCUUCCACGGGUCAGGUAUGCUUUGCUUCACGAACAGGCCAUCCCCUUCUUUUUAUUCGCGUCCCUCCCGCGUCGGACGGAGAGAGUGAGAGACAAAUGGAUCGUACGGAGAUCGUGUUCUUCGACGUAGAAACCAGCGUGCCCUUCCGAAGCGGGCAAAAGCACGCACUAUUGGAGUUCGGGGCGAUUGUGGUCUGUCCGAGGAGGCUGGAGGAGCUGCGGAGUUACUCCACGCUGGUGAGGCCGGCCGACCUCUCUUGCGUCUCUCCGACAUCAGUCCGCUGCAAUGGAAUCACGAGGGACGCCCUCUCCACCGCCCCUUCCUUCCAUCAGGUGGCCGAACUCGUCUACGACAUGCUUAACGGGAGGGUGUGGGCGGGCCACAACAUUUUGAGGUUCGACUGCCUUCGAAUUCGCGAAGCCUUCGCAGAGAUUGGUCGUCCAGCGCCGGAGCCCAAGGGGAUUAUCGACUCUUUGGAACUGCUGACGCGCAGGUUCGGAAGAAGAGCAGGAAACAUGAAGAUGGCUACUUUGGCAUCUUAUUUUGGGCUUGGCCAACAGAAGCACAGGAGCUUGGAUGAUGUUCGGAUGAAUCUGGAAGUUGUCAAGUAUUGUGCAACUGUCUUGUUUUUGGAGUCCAGUCUUCCUGAAGUUUUGAUGGUUGACUCUUCAAACAUGGUCAAGCAAUGCCAUUGUGUUGCUGAGGCUGCAUGCUCUAGAGAUGUAGGCUCUACUCUAACCUUGAUGACAACCCACAAGUUACCUUCUACGUCUAUGAAGCAGCCACACAAGGUUCCAGAUUCUCUUAAGGUGCCUGACAGUAGAGAUCCCUUUGACUUGUCCAAUUUCAUUGAUGAAAUUGAAACAACAAACACCUCCCAAAGGGAUGCUAAUCUUCUGGAUGGAAGGAGGCAAUCGGAUUCAUCUGAAAUGAUGCCUAAUCUGCCUGCUGUGUCUAAGGGCUCAUCUAGCAGUUGUUCUGGGUUCUUGGAAUCGCAUCAGAUCUCCUUGGCUGCUUUGAAUGCAUCUCUUGUUCCAUUUUUGGGGGGAUGCCAGCGAAUAGCACUGCUUCACAAUGGGGUUCCUUUGCAAAUUUGUGGUGUGAAUAUGAAGAUUCACUUUGGAGUGAGCUCAAAGUAUCUUGAUCAUUCUGGACGACCUCGAGUAAGUAUUGUAGUAGAGCCACCCAAAGCAUUGUGCGAGAUCCUGGACAGAUGUGAUCAACUCGCUCGGCAGUUGUCUUCUGAUUCUGGUAGUGACUCAGAAUGGAGAACCACUGUGAUCCGGAAGAAUGGAUUCUCAAACUUGGGCCCUACAUUUCGUCUGCACAUUCCUACUGCAACAAAAGGAGAGGGCUCUGCCUACUCUACAGAAAUAUAUCAGCAAGAACCUACAGGAACAAGGAAACUAGUUUUCACUAAAACAAAUGUUUCUGAGCUGGAGCCAUUCUUUCUCCCAGGGACUCUAGUUGAUGCCUGCUUUCGCUUAGAUGUGUACGACUACCAACAGCAUGCUGGUAUCCGCCUGGUGGCAAAGAAGUUGUUGCUGCAUCCUUCAAUGCCAGUGCCUUCCGCAAUGGAGGUAAAUGCAUGAACAAGAGGAAAAUCAGACAGAAUGUGCUGACCAUGUAUCUUUUGGAUGGUUGUUUUACUUGUAUACUAACCCAUAGAUCGCCAUCGUAUCAUCACCUGGGAAAUUUGCCAUGGAUUAUUUAACUGAUGAUGAUAUAGGGGAAGAAAUAAAACCUUUUUAUUUGUCAAGAGAACCCUGUGCACAUGGUCGAGUUGAGAGGUUGAUCCUCAGUGAGCUUUUUUCGUGCUAUCAGGUCGUGUAAUCCUUUUUUAUGUUUAAAAAUAAAAAUUGAAGAAAAGAAAAUCAGCUUA